UAGGGUUGAUCAGACCGUUGGGUAUAAAGCAGGUUUUGGCGAUUGUCCGGCCAUCCAAACCCUAGAAAGUAGAAACUCCUGAUCUCUCUAUCUCUCCCCUCAUCCGAGCAGUGCCAGAAUGCCACCCAAGGCAGCGAAAUCGAAGGAAGCACCUGCCGAGAGGCCCAUCCUUGGGCGCUUCUCAUCUCACCUGAAGAUUGGGAUCGUUGGCUUGCCAAAUGUGGGAAAAUCUACUCUUUUUAACACACUGACUAAAUUGUCAAUAGCAGCAGAGAACUUUCCUUUCUGUACCAUUGAGCCCAAUGAGGCUCGAGUUAAUGUUCCAGAUGAACGUUUUGAAUGGCUUUGUCAGUUGUACAAGCCAAAGAAUGAGGUAUCAGCUUUCUUAGAAAUCCAUGACAUAGCAGGACUUGUUCGUGGUGCACAUCAAGGACAAGGAUUGGGGAACAGUUUCUUGUCUCAUAUUCGGGCAGUUGAUGGCAUUUUUCAUGUUUUACGGGCAUUUGAAGAUCCAGACAUUAUUCAUGUUGAUGACACUGUUGAUCCUGUGAGGGAUCUAGAGGUCAUUUCUGAAGAGUUACGGCUCAAGGAUGUUGAAUUCAUAGAAAGGAAGAUAGAGGACCUGGAAAAGAGCAUGAAGCGGAGCAAUGACAAGCAGUUGAAGAUAGAACAUGAAUUGUGUCAAAGGGUCAAAACAUGGGUUAUGGAGGGAAAAGAUAUUCGUCUAGGGGACUGGAAAGCUGCUGAUAUUGAGAUUCUGAAUACUUUUCAGUUGCUCACUGCCAAGCCUGUUGUUUACUUGGUCAACAUGAAUGAAAAAGAUUAUCAAAGAAAAAAGAACAAGUUUCUGCCCAAAAUUCAUGCUUGGGUGCAGGAGCAUGGGGGUGAAUUAAUUAUCCCUUUCAGCUGUGUGUUAGAGAAAAAUCUUGCUGAUAUGCCAGAAGAUGAGGCUGCAAAAUACUGUGAGGAGAACAAGGUGCAAAGUGCACUUCCAAAGAUCAUAAAGACAGGAUUCUCUGCUAUCAACCUCAUAUACUUUUUCACAGCUGGCCCUGAUGAGGUGAAAUGUUGGCAAAUUAGAAGGCAGACGAAGGCUCCUCAGGCUGCAGGAACUAUUCAUUCUGAUUUUGAACGAGGAUUCAUUUGUGCUGAGGUUAUGAAAUUUGAGGAUCUAAAGGAGCUUGGCAAUGAAUCGGCUGUUAAGGCUGCAGGGAAGUAUAGACAGGAAGGGAAAACGUACGUGGUCCAGGAUGGAGACGUAAUAUUCUUCAAGUUUAAUGUUUCUGGAGGGGGUAAGAAGUGAUGAUGAGAUAUAUAUAUAUAUAUAUAUGCACACAUUAGCAUCCCUAUAAAAGAUUAAUCUAUUGGAGAGAGCUUUGGGUAUAUUCAUGUUCCAUCAUUAUAUAUUUACGCUGUAUUUGUGCCCCUACCUGCAAAAAUCUGUACCCCGUUUUGCAGUUGUAGAAAUUUUUGAUUGGUAAAUUAGUUCGUCUACCACCGUGGGUUGGAUCUGUAUGAUAUUGGAUUGAACUUGUCGUAACUAAUUGGCAAGAGAGCAAGUUAACCGCUUGUUUUUCA